AUGAUAAAGUCCCUACUGCUAACAGUUGGUGUAGUUGUAGUGGUAUCUUCUCUGGUACUACUAGAUGUGGUGCAUGGAUUCCCCACAGGAGCCGGCUCCUGUCCCGGCGGCGUAGCAGCCGUCGGUGGAAUCCACUCGACCAUGCCCACCAUUGAAUCCGGCGAUUUGGAUGACUAUGGUAUUGAGCUGGCUAUUAAUGGGAACACACUGAGUUCGUCGGUACCCUUUCAAGUGGAAAUCGACCAAGAUCACACAUGGGAACUCUACAGUGGAAGCGACGGCUUUCGUGGGUUCUUGUUGCGAUUGGAUGGAGGCAAUGGCAAUAUCGAUACCACUGCGUCGCUGGGCAAUCUACCCGGCAUGGGAGGCAUGGUCCAAGUCGCAGAUGUCUGUACGACACAAGGAGUCGGUGGCGCCACUCAUCGAAGUAAAUUGCUGAAAUCCAGCGUAUCGGGAAGUUUGUUUGUAGGUCAAGAAUCCCGGUCCAUGACGUUGGAUGUCACGGUGGUUGUGGCAAACGCCAAUGGUGUAUCCGAGUACUAUUAUUCUUCGUACACCUUGCAUGCCGUGGGGGUGACCGCCACUGUGACCAAACAACCAACUCCUCGUCCCACCAAACAACCCACAGCACCUACCAAAAGACCCACGGCUCCCGUGACCAACCCCCCGAUUCCGGCUCCCACCAAACGACCUACGGUGCCCACCAAACGUCCUACAGCACCCACCAAACGUCCCACUGCACCAACCAAACGUCCCACUGCACCAACCGAACGCCCCAUCAACAACCCGGCUCCAGUAGCUGCCCCAGUAGUAGGAGAAGACUUCUUUGAACCCACGUAUGGUCCAACCUUUAAUCCGACCUUUAGCGACACUACUAAUCCCCAAGUCAUGGAACCAACUGUUUGGUUUGACGAUGAUGGCAGCGCCGUUUUGGCCCAGGGACCGACGACCGAACCUGUAUGGCCUGAACUGACCAGUGUCUUUCCAACCUGUAGUGAAAACAAUACUUGCAGUGUCUGUGAAGGAGACUGCGAUACCGAUCUAGAUUGUGAAGGUCACUUGGCCUGCUUUCAGCGUGAUCAAUGGGACUAUACGCCUGUCCCUGGGUGCGCGGGAUAUGGACUUAUGGGACGUGACUAUUGUUUCGAUCCUUGGAUCUAUCCAUCCGUCUUGCGGUCGGGGCCAGAAGACUGUACGAGCGAGAGACCUUGUGGAAAGUGUGAGGGGGACUGCGAUGGCGACCAUGAAUGUGCGGGAAACCUCGAGUGCUUCCAUAGAUUCAAUGGAUCCAACGAGACAGUGCCUGGUUGCUACGGAUAUGGAUAUCCUGGAAGAGACUACUGCUUUGAUAGAGCCGACAUGCCGCCCAACCAACCUCAACCGGCAGGGCCGGUCGUGACAACCCCCAUGCCAUCGCCGGAAGGUACUGAUGAAGGAACUCAUGAUGGCACUCAUGAAGGAACAAUUGAAGGAACGUUUGAAGGAACGUUCGAAGGUACGGGCGGAGCCUGUACUUUGGACGUCUUUCAAUGUCCAGAUGGGGACUUUGUGAGCCGUGUGCCACCACAUUGCGAUUUUGCACCUUGUCCAGAAACUGCAUGUCCUCAGGAUGUCUAUGAAUGUCCAUCUGGUGAUUUCGUGGGCCGAGUGCCACCAGAUUGUGCCUUUGAACCAUGUCCAGUGGUUGCCUGUCCCCAGGAUGUCUAUGAAUGUCCAUCUGGUGAUUUCGUGGGCCGAGUGCCACCAGAUUGUGCCUUUGAACCAUGUCCAGUGGUUGCCUGUCCCCAGGAUGUCUAUGAAUGUCCAUCUGGUGAUUUUGUGGGCCGAGUGCCACCAGAUUGUGCCUUUGAAGCCUGUCCAGUGGUUGCCUGUACUUCAGACGUCUUUCAAUGCCCAGAUGGGGAUUCCGUGGGCCGAGUGCCACCAGAUUGUGCCUUUGCACCUUGUCCAGUGGUUGCCUGUCCACAGGAUGUCUAUGAAUGUCCAUCUGGUGACAUUGUGAGCCGGGUGCCGCCAUAUUGUGCCUUUGAAGAAUGCCCCCCAGUUGCAGCCUGUCCACUGGAUGUUUACGAAUGUCCGUCCGGUGACAUUGUGGGCCGAGUACCACCUGAUUGUGCCUUUGAACCAUGUCCAAUGGUUGCCUGUCCACAGGAUGUAUACGAGUGUCCGUCUGGUGACACUGUGAGCCGUGUCCCACCGGAUUGUGACUUUGAAGAAUGCCCGCCAGUUGCAGCCUGUCCGCUGGAUGUUUACGAAUGUCCGUCGGGUGCCACGGUGAGCCGAGUUCCUCCCCACUGUUCCUUUGAAGAAUGCCCACCAAAUGCCGUGUGUGCUGCGGAUGUCAUCCAAUGCCCAUCGGGUGACUACGUAGGGCGAGUGCCACCGAACUGCGAAUUCGAACCUUGCCCGCCCUUGGCGGUCUGUGCACAUGAUGUGUAUACAUGUCCCAAUGGUGGUUUCGUGGGUCGUAACCCCGCCAACAAGUGCGACUUCUUUGACUGUCCGAUCUAUGAGAACAGCGGACCGGCCACGUUGCCCCAACUCCGGGAGACCAGCUGUACACAAUUCUCACCCUGCUCCGAAUGUUUUGGUGACUGCGACUACGAUUUUCAGUGUGCAGACGAUCUCGAGUGCUGGAACCGACGUGCAGGAGAGUUGAGUCGGGUACCCGGAUGCAAUGGGCGGGGCUUGGCUGGUUAUGACUACUGCUACAAGCCCGACCCGCAGUCUCUCCGCCCUCGUGUCCAGCCAUGUUCUGCCGAGAAACCAUGCUUGAAGUGUCAAGGCGACUGCGACGCCGAUGAGGACUGCCAGGGAGGCCUCAGGUGCAUGGUUAGACGAUCAAACAUACCACAGUAUGUCCCUGGCUGCUCGGGAGACCAACACGGAAUAGAUAUCGAUUACUGUUAUGAUCCUGCCGAUGAUACUGGAGGAGGUCAACGCGAGAGGCACCUCAGACGAAGCAGUGCUUAG